GACCAAGGUCACACAGACAGUGACAGAGCACAGAAGAGUGACUGACCAAGGUCACACAGACACAGUGACAGAGCACAGGAGAGAGACUGACCAAGAUCACACAGACAGUCAGUGACAGAGCACAGGAGAGAGACGGACAAAGAUCACACAGACAGUGACAAAGCACAGGAGAGAGAUUGACCAAGAUCACACAGACAGUCAGUGACAGAGCACAGGAGAGAGACUGACCAAGAUCAUACAGACAGUGACAGAGCCCAGGAGAGAGACUGACCAAGAUCACACAGACAGUGACAAAGCACAGGAGAGAGACGGACAAAGAUCACACAGACAGUGACAAAGCACAGGAGAGAGAUUGACCAAGAUCACACAGACAGUCAGUGACAGAGCACAGGAGAGAGACUGACCAAGAUCACACAGACAGUCAGUGACAGAGCACAGGAGAGAGACUGACCAAGAUCACACAGACAGUCAGUGACAGAGCACAGGAGAGAGCUUGACCAAAAUCACACAGUCAGUCAGUGACCGAGGACUGACUUUUUUGGCUUUGACAUCUGCUACAGAGCCGCAGUGCCCUACUGACCACAAGAAACUUUGCAUUGAAAUGCAAAAAUGUCAACAUGACCACAUGCUCCUGGCUAAGGCUGGUUCUCUUUUUGCCUGCAGCAGAGAAGAGGCGCUCAGAUGGUGUUGAGGUGCCUGAGAUGCAUAAAUAGGGUUUUGCCAAUUUCACCAAGGUGCGAUGGAGCUGUCUGUGGCCCAGUGGCUUCUCGUGGUCUGUCUCGUGGCCUUCCCUCUGCUAUACGAAUGGAGCAUCUCCUUCAAGUACUUCUGCAAGAUGACGUUUUACAAUGGUUGGAUCCUGACGUUGGCUAUACUUGCCAUCCCUAUUUGUGCCGUGAGGGGUCGCAAUGUAGAGAAUAUGAAAGUGCUGCGCUUUAUGCUUCUGCAUAUUAAGUAUCUCUAUGGUAUAAAGAUUGAGGUUCGAGGUUGGGAGAAUUUCAACAUUCGGGAGCCGUACGUCAUAGUGUCAAAUCACCAGAGCUCGCUGGAUCUACUGGGGAUGAUGGAAAUUUUGCCAGGACGUUGUGUGCCCAUUGCCAAACGUGAGCUCAUGUACAUGGGCACGGCAGGACUGGCCUGCUGGUUGGCGGGAGUAAUCUUCAUCAACCGCAAGAAAACAGAUGACGCCAUCAGUGUCAUGACGGAGGCAGCUGAGACCAUGUUGAAGGAGGAUGUUCGUGUCUGGGUGUUCCCAGAAGGUACAAGAAAUCACAGUGGAUCUUUACUACCGUUUAAACGUGGAGCCUUUCACUUGGCUGUACAAGCACAGGUGCCAGUAAUACCCGUUGUUAUGUCUUCCUAUAAGGAUUUCUACUGCAAGAAAGACAAGAAGUUUACUACAGGAAAGUGUGCAGUGCAAAUUCUUCCUGGAGUGCCCACUAAGGGUUUAACAGCUGAUGAUGUUCCUGAUCUCGCUGAUAGAGUGCGGGGACUGAUGCUCGAUUCCUUCACCCAGAUGUCAUCGGAGCGCCCAGGCAAAGAGCCAGGGGGCAUUCAUUGACCCCCUCCCUUUCUCAUUCCUUAAUAACAUUGUGGGCCAGGGGAUCCCCCAUGAAGGAGAAACGUAGAAGAGGGGACCGUACAAAGAAAGAACUAGCCAUGGACCCCUUGCAGAAAGCAAAAGAGACACAUUAUUUAAAUGUAGAGUAAAAGAAACAUUCUAAAGAGGAAAAAAAAAAAGACGAAACAAGGAAAUAUUGAUUGAGAAAUGUAACUAUCCCAAAGAGACAAAACGACAACAACAACCUGGGAAUAGAAAGAAUGCGAAAAACAUGGAGAUGAGGAGAGAAAUUAUGGAGGGACAUCACAACCAGAGAAUAUAAUAUGACCCUAUACAGAAAAAAAAAGAAUACCAAUACAGCAUUGGCUUAUAAAUGUAGCUGAAGUGAGAAUAUACGGAUGCCACAGUAAAAUAAUGACACGAUUUAGAGUGAAGAGAGGUUGUAGUCUACUAAAAAUGCCAGCCUGUUAGAUUUGUGACGAGUAUUAUGGCGAGAGAAGUAAAAUUAAUAAUUACUUUUCAGAAGGAUAAAAAUGUGACCUCCCUAAAGGAAUAGAUUUAAGGUAGACAUAGUAUAAAUUUAUGAGGAUAAGAAGAGUUUGAACAGGGUUGCUUUCUUCAGUCAGAAAAUAGGGUUUUUAAAAGGAAGUUUCUAUUUUCAUUAGAACUCAAGGGCCACCUUAAAAGACCAUUCAAGGCGGUGUUUAAUUCUUCAUAGAAUACUAAGAGAUGGAGUUCACCAUAAAAAAAGAAGAGCAAAUAAGAACAACAUAAAAAGUAUAGAAAAAGUAUAUUAUUUCAUGGAGAAAUUCCUUACAAAUUAAGCAAUUUUAGAGGAGUGCCUUGACGUUCUAUUUAAUUUACGUGUUCAGUGGAUUUCUCUAUCUCUAUAUUUGGGCAGUAGAUAAUGUGUAUGUCCUCUCCAUCUUUGGCAGUUCUCUCUUUUUUGCAUUGGAGUGUCCAGGAAAUGAGGAAUGGAGUUAAUUAAAUAUGGUAAAUUUAUCUACAAGUGUCCUGCUAAGGACUCUCCUCAUCUCUCUUCCUACUUGGUAAAAUACCCGGACUCAUGAGAAUUGUUGGGCAAGUAUAGAACUUUGCUCAAAGUGUGGCCUCUCUCUCUGGACCUUGUGAAGACGCCUUUCCAUCUCCUGAAGAUCCUUACAUUUCACAGCCACUGACCUGCAACGUUUUCAUCUUCCCCCCAAUUCCCUGUCUUGUGGCCUAAAAACAAAAUCCACAUUUUGUUACGUUGUCCAAAGUCCUUUAUUCUUUAACAUAACCGCCAACCCCCUUCCGUGCCCUCCCUGUACUAAUGCGAGAUGUGGACAAGUAAAUGUGCCAAUGUAUUUGCAUCUAAUAAUUUUGGUUGGGGGAUGGAGUCAUGUGGGUAUGAAGUGGAACAGAAUGAAGUGUGGGGGCGAGGGGGUGCCAAUCUCCUGUCCUGUAAAUGUGAAAUUAGCGUUGCACAAAUUUUUCUGGGUCUACUUUAUGUUGGCUUUGUUUUUUUGUUUUGUUUUUUGUUUUUUAAUGUGUGGCAUUCAACUUUGUACCAAACAUCAAGUAAACUAUAAAAAAAAUAGGUACACACUUUGAGGAAUAGUAUAAAACACUCAAGACAGGACCUCAACCUGAAAUAUGUUUGAAGUUUGAAGUAAAGAGAUCAGUGAUAGAAACUAACAUCAGACUCCAUUGGAGUAUAUACUUCUGUAGAGCCUUCCAUCAAUCAUUCCAUAGUCCUAGUAAGUCCACAGUCCAAUGUGUAAGUUGAUAGGUGAGGUCUGACAAAGUUCUAACCUUCUUUAUUUAGUUUAGCGAUUCUAUCUUCCAUCAAUAACAGAACCGUUGAAGAGAUUAUUAUUCCAAAAACCCAAACCUGCAAUGUUGCCUCUAAUUUUCAUAAGCUUUGUGCACAAAAAAAGAAACUGUGUCCUUAAAGGUGAGUGCAUCUAAUCUGUAUGAAGAUCACGUACAGUAAUAACAUGACAUUAUAGACCUUUUUUAAAAAAGGUUUAUUUUUUUUUGUAACUUGUACUGAAAAUAAUUAACAAGUUGUUAAUAAAUUUGUUUGUGUUUAACAGCAUAA